GCUGUAACUAUGUUCCACAGAGUAACUCUCCGAUCAUUACUACUACUCGCGCUGUGUGCAGCGCUGGUGCAUGGCGAAGAGAAGCCAAUAGAAGAAACUAAUAGCUCGCUACCGCUGAAAAAAGCCGAGCGCUGCACCGUCGAUAAGUGCCAACUGCCAAAUUGUCGUUGCUCAGGAUUGCGCCUGCCAAGCGCAGAGUUCCAGGGACGCGAAAAGGAAAUACCGCAGCUCAUCACGAUCACAUUCGAUGAUGCGGUAAAUGUAAUCAACUACGAGCAGUAUCAGCAGCUCUUCGAAGGACUAGUCAAUCCUGAUAACUGCACGGCAAGCGGCACUUUCUACGUCUCACACGAGUACACGGAUUACACACUGGUGAAUGCGCUCUAUCAGCAGGGACAUGAGAUCGCUUUGCAUUCCAUAACACACGGUUCAGGUACAGAUUAUUGGCGCGAGGCGGAUGUUGAGCAAAUAAUGGCUGAAUUCGGUCAGCAAAUCGAAAUGUUGGAACAAUUUGCGAAAGUGAAUCGCAAGCAUAUACGUGGCAUGCGCUUACCUUUCCUACAGAUUGCGGGCAAUAACAGCUUCGAAGCUGCCAAGCGGUUGGAUCUGCUCUACGAUAGCUCAUGGCCGACGCAACGUUAUCGCAAUCCGGCUAUGUGGCCGUACACACUCGACUAUCGCUCGGUGCAGGAUUGCCAGAUUGGUCCAUGUCCACAAGCGUCGAUUCCAGGAUUUUGGGUAAACCCAAUGGUUUCAUGGGUGGAUACACAAGGCUACAGUUGUGCGAUGAUUGAUGCAUGUAUAUUUCCGCCGAAGGAUGAUGUAGACGCGUUGUUCCAGUGGAUGUUGGAGAACUUUAAGCGGCACUAUGAGGGUAAUCAUGCUCCGUUCGGCAUGUAUUUGCAUGCAGCCUGGUUCCAGCGAGGACGGCAUAAUUUUGAGGCAUUUAGGAAGUGA